CAGCCGGAGCGAGAAGGUCUCUGAGCAUCAGCAUCUGCAACAUCUGGAGAGCAUCCUGGAAGAAGCCAUGGCUGCACUGAACGGGACCCUGGAAAACGGACAGCCUGAGAAGAAGAUGCUGAUGCCUCCAGCCCUGCCUCACCCCAUCAGGAACCUGGAGGUCAAAUACACCAAGAUAUUUAUUAACAAUGAAUGGCACGAGUCAAAGAAUGGAAAGAAAUUCCCUACCUUUAAUCCUUGGAAGGGCGAGAAGAUCUGUGAUAUUGAAGAAGGUGACAAGCCUGACAUAGAUAAAGCAGUGGAGGCAGCAAAGAUGGCCUUUGAAAGAGGUUCUCCGUGGAGACAAAUGGAUGCCAUGAGCAGAGGAAGGCUCCUCAGCAGACUAGCGGAUCUUAUUGAGCAAGACCGAGUGGUGCUAGCUACUUUGGAAACAAUGGACACAGGGAAACCAUUUCUCCAAGCUUUCUUCGUUGACUUAGAAGGCUGCAUAAAGACACUGAGAUACUACGCCGGAUGGGCUGAUAAAAUCCAAGGGAAGACUAUACCUGUGGAUGACAAUUAUGUCUGUUUUACCAGACAUGAGCCAGUGGGAGUCUGCGGGGCCAUAACGCCCUGGAACUUCCCUUUGCUUAUGCUGAUUUGGAAGAUGGCACCAGCUCUCUGCUGUGGGAACACAUUGGUUGUUAAACCUGCUGAGCAAACCCCCCUGACUUCAUUAUACAUUGGUUCUUUAAUUAAGGAGGCAGGAUUUCCUCCAGGUGUGGUUAACAUUGUGCCAGGAUACGGCCCUACUGCCGGUGCUGCUAUUUCUACGCAUCCUAAUGUUGAUAAAAUAGCUUUUACUGGAUCGACAGAGGUUGGAAAGCUGAUCAAAGAAGCUGCUUCGAAAAGCAACCUCAAGAGGGUAACACUUGAGCUUGGUGGAAAGAACCCUUGCAUUGUCUGUGCAGAUGCUGACUUGGACUUGGCAGUGGACUGUGCCCACCAAGGGGUCUUUUUCAACCAAGGCCAAUGCUGCACGGCUGCCUCUCGGGUCUUUGUGGAAGAGCAGAUAUACCCAGAAUUUGUCAGGCGCAGUGUGGAAUAUGCAAAGAAAAGGCUGGUGGGAGACCCGUUUGAUGCCAAAACUGAGCAAGGGCCACAGAUUGACCAAAAACAGUUUGACAAAAUCUUGGAAUUGAUAGAAAGUGGGAAGAAAGAAGGGGCCAAACUGGAGUGUGGCGGCUUAGCUAUGGAGGAUUGUGGUCUGUUCAUAAAGCCAACCGUCUUUUCAGAGGUCACAGACAACAUGCGGAUUGCCAAAGAAGAGAUUUUUGGACCCGUGCAACCCAUAAUGAAGUUUAAAAGUAUAGAAGAAGUCAUACAGAGAGCCAACAACACAGAAUAUGGACUCACAGCGGCAGUGUUUACAAAGAACUUGGACCGAGCAUUGACAUUAGCAUCGGCGCUACAGUCUGGGACAGUCUGGAUCAACUGCUACAAUUCCCUCUUUGCACAAGCACCCUUCGGUGGCUUUAAAAUGUCAGGAAAUGGCCGAGAACUUGGCGAAUAUGCUCUAAGCGAAUAUACGGAAGUGAAGACAAUAACCAUUAAACUCUCGCAGAAGGCUCUCUGAGAGCGGGAUGCCAAGCGACCUAAAACUCUGACACUCUGAAUGUUGGUGUAUCGUGGU